AUGGAAAAUAAUCAAACAACGUCAUAUACCCCGAAGCUCCCCCUACACGGAGAUAGCAGAAACGUCAAGCCCCAACUGCCAACAAUCUACGAUGGUCCCAGUAUCAGUGAAGAAAGCGACUCUGAAAAUGGUGAAGUUAAUGAAAAGGAUCCGGAAUUGUUGGUCACAGAGUCCGCCUCCGUUGGUUUAUCAACGUCAACUAUGACAGAAAAGCAGGCGUCAAAAGCGGCACCAGUUGCAUUGAUGCCAAUAAGCGUGAAAUCGGAGGAUAAAACGGCCAUGCAAAAUCUCUGUACAGCCUCCACCACCAGCCUACCGGAAUCAUCUACCGACCAGUGCAACAACGAUGAGCAAAAGGAUUCACGGUUUUCAAGUCGCACCUCACCUACGACGUUGUCAACACUCACCUCACUGUCAGAGGAGAGGAAAGAAGCAGACGCAGAAGCUGAAAAUCCCAACGCACAUCUCAACUACCUGCGUCAUGUGCAUGAGCGUACACGACGGCGAAAGCGUUUUCGAAAGUACCUAAAAGUACUGCAUUCUUUCAUAGUCUGCGUCGUACCCCUAGUCAGCAUUAUUUUGGGCAUACUUGGCAUUCUUACUGGUCACUUUUUGCACGUAAAUUCUUUCCUUGUGGCCGGUUGCUUGCUGUUGAUUGCGGCCUGUGGUCUCAUUCUUCAAUCCUGCUUCUGGACUCGCAGCAUGCCUAACAAGUUUAAGCCGGGAGAAAUUGCCUUUAAUAUGCCUCAAGACGGUAGUCCAGAUGUCACCAAAUACUGUCCACAGUCAACAGAAAAGGAGAUAUGUCCGGGCCAGGAAAGAAAAUCAGCGAACGACUCUCGUUUCCCCUAUAGAGAGGAUAAUGGCGAGGGUGGAAAACAGUCGUCCGCUUGCGCUACGGUCACACAAGUUUUACCCAGGUGUUCCACUCAAACAGAAAGGAUGGGAUCAAGCACGACGCCCGUGAUUUCCACCGAUAGCAUCAGUGCAGGUGUAAAUCCAGCCCAAUUCCGGCGUCUCAGUAUAGCAUUGAAUAGGGCCACUGAAGAGCUAUCAGCCGUUCGACGCAUGACACAGUCCAGUGGCGGUCGAAUGUUGAACCUGGCUCGGAGAUUGACCAUGGGGCCGAAUUUCGGUGCCUUUGAAAGUGAACGUGAUCUGGAGGCUGGCAACGGAUGGAUUGGAGGUCGCGUUCCUCACGGAGUUCGCCGCGGUCUGGCCUGGAAUGCCACUGGGGCGUCAAGAUUCUAUGCAUCCAACUAUGAUUAA